GCUUGUUUAAUCUGUAUGUAUUGUAAUUAUGUUGGGCUUUUGCUUUUUUCUCAUUUUUCCUUGGUCUCUAGGGACAAUCAGACUAGACAAGUACGAGAGGCUGUUUCAAAUGUGGAAAAACAUUUUGGUGAAUUGUGCCAAAUAUUUGCAGCAUAUGUGCGUAAAACUGCUAGACUACGAGACAAAGCAGACCUUCUAGUAAACGAAAUAUAUGCAUAUGCAGCUACAGAGACACCAAGCUUAAAACUUGGAUUGAAGAAUUUUGCAGAUGAAUUUGCCAAACUUCAAGAUUAUCGCCAAGCAGAGGUUGAAAGGCUUGAAGCCAAAGUUGUUGAUCCUUUGAAAAGUUAUGGGACCAUAGUAAAACUUAAAAGGGAUGAUCUCAAAGCAACUUUAACAGCAAAGAAUCGAGAAGCUAAGCAGUUAUCUCAACUGGAAAGGACACGUCAGAGGAAUCCAUCAGAUCGACACAUUAUUUCACAGGCUGAAAGUGAUCUACAGAGAGCUUCGAUGGAUGCAACUCGAACAAGUCGGCAGUUGGAGGAGACCAUUGACAAUUUUGAAAAACAGAAAAUAAAGGACAUAAAGAGCAUAUUUUCUGAAUUUAUAACUAUUGAAAUGCUAUUCCAUGGAAAAGCUUUAGAGAUUUACACUGCUGCCUACCAAAAUAUUCACAAUAUUGAGGAGAAUGAAGAUUUAGAGGUUUUUCGAAGUUCCCUAUAUCCACCAGACUAUCAAUCUCGUUUAGACAUAGUCCGUGCAAACUCAAAGUCUCCCCUUCAAAGAACUGGCUCAUCAAAAUUUUCAUCUGGGAUGAUACAGCAAAUUUCUAACAGUCGGCUAAGAAAAGAUGAGGAGGAAGAUGAGGAGGAGGACGAGGAAGAGGACGAAGAGGAUGAAUUGGAAGCUACAAAGGAAGAGAGAUAACUUUGAGACCUGUUCCAAGUUGUUUUUAUUUUCCAGUAACAAGAAAGGCCUUUCUUUGCUAAACAGUUUGUGUGUUAAUUACGAGAUUUCACUGAGGUCAUCCAUUAAAAUGACAACAGAGCAGCAAGAAAUUGGCAGCAACAUUUAAUUCUGUUUGGCUAUUUAUUACUUGAACAGUAAGUCAGUCUUGAAGAUUGUAACUAAGUGUACUGAAAAUGAAAAGCAAACAUUUCAGUAGACUUUUAUUGAACACUUUAAUAUGUUCUAUUUAAUUUUAGUCAAGCUUCAUUUUUGUCUAUUGCAUUCAAAGGGAUAUACUGUAAUAUUUAAUGAGAGAUAAUGCACACAGGGAUCCUCACUCUUAGAUCUAGCUGAGCUGUAUCUGUGUACUAGCUUAAUUUCACCCAAUCUUGGGGCCAGGUUGUAAUGCAGCUACUAGUGCAACUUAGGCCAGGCGGUCCUCAACCCAAGAGCUGUUGUGUUGCUGCAAAGCAAAAUACAGAAGUUGCCCUGCUAUACUGCCUUGCCUAUCAAUGCCUUUGUCACAGAGUUGCAGGCAGAAAAUUGCUGUCUUCUACCUUUGUUUCUUGAAAAGCCUCAAUUAGCUAGUUAAGAUGGUUCUAUGGUUUUACACCACUGCAGUGGUGUAAAUGGCUUGUAUUAGAAGCACGGGUCUAGUCCAAAGCUACAUCUACACUACAGCCUAGCUUGAUGCUCUGAGAUCAAUCAACUAGCUGCCAAUAUAGCAGGUCUAGUUAAGGCCAGCCAAACCAACCACAGAUCACUUUCCUGUAGACCCUGUUGUUCUCUUCUUGUGGAAUAUAUUAAGGGAAGUCAACAGGAGAGUUUCUCCUGUUGAUCCCUCACAGGGUAAAGCUGGAAUCAUGUAGCUAGAAUUGCAUCGCUUAAAUAAACUUUCUGUUGCACAUGUAGCCCAAGAGCUCUCCUUUUCAUAUAGCUUCCUUUUUAGGUGAAAGUGCCUUCAUGAUAAAAGAAUAUUGUAUUCGUAUUCAUCACCUUUUCAUACUUGCCUUUUAUAUUAGUCAAUUACUAAUUCUCAUUACUAUAGCAGUUACGGACAGUUGAUACAAGAUUUCAAAGUAUUUUCCUACGUAUUUCUUGUAAAACUCAUUCCUGGAUAAAAUUUGUAUUCAGUAUUAUUGUAUGGAGUGACAGUUUGUCUGCCAAAUAGUUGUUUCAGUAUUUUAAUCAUCUUAAACUCUAGUAUUUACUAAUUUGAAUCUGCAGUUAAGAUGGAAAAAAAUAAAGAUUUUUUUAAGCCAA